UCUCUUUAAGAGGCGAGCGGCUGUUACGCAGCAGCAUGUGAGCGAAGGCAGGCGCUGCCUUGCAUCCAGGACCGUCCCUCCCGGCUGCCCCAGCCCCCGCGCCCCGCCGGCCGCGCACAAGCAUCCUGGCGAGGCAGCAGCAUGGCAGCGGAAGCAGGUUGCUGAGCUAGCCGGCUGCCUGCUGCAGUACCGCAGUGGUGCUGCACCCCCCACCCCACCCCCCCGGAGGAAUUGCCGAGAAGAUCCAGUGGGCCCCGCUGAGCAAACUCAGCUGGUGUGCCGAUUAUCCUCACUGCUGGGACCUGCAGCACUAUUGCUAUGUCCCUGCCGGGAAGCAGACGGUCCUCCACUGGCUCUCGAAGCCGGGGGUUUUAUGGACGGAGUGGCUUGGCCUCGUUCUUUAAGUCUUCAGCGCCCCCUGCCACUCCGACUGAGAAACAGCCUCUUCUUCCUGCCUCCAGGCGCCCCUCUCCCCCCGUGAGCAUGCGGGACACCUACGGCACCUCUUCGCUCAGCAGCAGCAGCAACUCGGGCUCCUGCAAGGGCAGCGACAGCAGCCCCACCCCAAGGCGGCCCAUCAAGUAUAGUCUGUGCAGUGAUAACCAUGGGAUAAAGCCCCCCACUCCUGAGCAGUACCUGACCCCCCUCCAGCAGAAGGAGGUCUGCAUUAGACACCUGAAGGCCCGGCUGAAGGACACCCAAGAGAGACUCCAGGACAGGGAUACUGAGAUUGAGGAUCUGAAGACCCAGCUCUCAAGGAUGCAGGAGGACUGGAUUGAGGAAGAGUGCCACCGUGUGGAGGCCCAGCUGGCACUCAAGGAGGCCCGAAAGGAGAUCAAACAGCUAAAGCAGGUGAUUGACACCGUGAAGAACAACCUGAUGGAGAAGGACAAAGGCCUUCAGAAAUACUUUGUGGACAUCAACAUCCAGAAUAAGAAGCUGGAGACACUGCUGCACAGCAUGGAGAUAGCACAGAAUGGGGCUGUGAAGGAGGAAGGGGCUGGGGAGUCAGUGGGGGGUUCUCCAGCCCGGUCACUCACCCGCAGCUCCACCUAUACCAAGCUGAGUGACCAGGCAGCAGGGGACAGGAACGCUGGGGACUCACAGACCCUGUCAGCUGAGGAGGUGGCAGACAGUGGCUUCGUGGCUGCAGAUGACUCACUGAGCCGGACGGAUUUGCUGGAGCAGAGCAGCCUGCUCGCAUCAGGGGUAGAGUUCUGCACAGAGGAGGGGUCUCUACAGAGCUCCUUCACAUUGGGCUCCAGACUUCCCACCAGCUCCACCUAUGAGAAACUUCUGGGUACACAAGGCAGCGUGGAGGCUGGAGUGCAGGCGAGCUGCAUGCAGGAGCAGGCCAUCCAAACUGACUUUGUGCAUUACGAACCGGACCUGGACACUAUCCUGGAAAAGGUCAUGAAGUCCCAGGCUUGCAGUCUGGGCAGCCCCACUUCAGUGUGGGUGUCCGAAAUGGAAGACAUAGUGCCCAGCUCAGAGACUCAGGCCCAGAACUUCUCCGGGACCACGGACUUGAUGGCGACUGAACCCAACUCCACUGUGGUGGUGACUGCAGGAGCUGGGCCAGAGACUCCGGAGGGGCAAGAGGGCUGCCAGGGACUGGUGACCAACAACCCUGCUGUACACCAGCCCUCGAGCACUAGCCAGUCGGUGAGCGUCGUUUGCACCCUGGAGGAAGACGCUGCCGAGCUGAGCCAAGAACCCACAGUACCGAAAAGCUAUUGGAGCCGCCAUUUCAUUGUGGAUCUGUUGGCCGUGGUGGUGCCGGCAGUGCCCACGGUAGCCUGGCUGUGCCGUACUCAGCGGAGGCAGGGCCAGCCCAUAUACAAUAUCAGCUCGCUGCUCCGCGGGUGCUGCACGGUCGCUUUGCACACCUUACGGAAGAUCAACUGUCGUUCCGUUAGCAGCGUGGGAGGUAGCAGUGGCAGCUCCCAGCCAUAACUCUCCUCUUCCACCAACCAAACACAUUGCACAUGCUUCAAGGUACGACUUUGUGAAACGACCAGAAUUUAUUUGACCACUGAUUGUAAAUUCCAGAUACACAAAACGUUCAUUUUAUUUAUUUGAAGUACAUGGGCAACUUGACAUCCUCUGAUCUGCUGCAUCUAGAAUCUGCAAUUCCAGGAGGCCUGCCAGGGGCCUGAGGAAAUGAGCUUCUGGAUUUGCUUUGGCUUCUGAGAUGUUUGAGGAAUAAAAAAGGCCAAUUCUGGAAGCAUAGAGUUGAGGGGGGGCCACCCCAACCUCCUGCUGAGAGACACUUGCCCGGCAGGUGAUGUAGCUGAUGGAUUUUGCACUGUCCACAAGUGAAGUCUAUGUAGCACAGAUGUGUAUGUACAGGGUGCGUCUACACAGCACAAUGUCCUGCGGCAGCAAGUCUCAGAGCCCGGGUCAGCUGUCUCAGGCUCACGCUGCAGGGCUACAUAUUGCAGGGUCAACAUUCUUGCUCAGGCUGUGAGACCCUCCCCUCACCAGGUAUCGGAGCCUGGACUCCAGCACAACCCCAACUUGCUAUUUUGAACCCUGCUGCAGAAGCCCAAGUCAGUUAACCUUAUACUCUGAGACUUGCUGCCAUGGGACCUUUUUUUUUGUUGUGUAGAUGUACCCACGGUCACUUCAUCCGGGGAGAAAAAGCACUACAAACCCUUUCCUGGCCUGAUGGAUCCCUUCCCCCCACACCUUUCCUCCCCUGACUAGUCCUCUUCUAUUGUUCCCUCUGGACAUGGCUGGGUCAUUUGAGAGGCUAGCUGCCCAACUGGCCUUUUAUUGUAUCAUACUUGUUCUUACAGUUGUUCCUGAGUCCCAAGAGGGAAACACCAUGCCUGCCAUCAGUGUGAGGGGAGUCCUGCGGGUAGAACCCUGCCCAGUGCUCUGGGGACACAGGGUAAUGCUUGAAGUGGCUGUAGCUCUCAAGUGACAGUGCUUGCAGAGACUCAUUUUAAUGUGUCGAGAACAAAGGGGAAAUCAAGAAGACAUGGGCAGGAGAGAUGGGGACAAGGGCUAGAAUGGGGGAGGUGCCUCUCUAGAAUAGAUGUCCUUAUUUCCAACAUGCUUUGCAGAAUAAACAGGGAGAGGACUGAAUUCCCGGUUUGCAGGGAGGAGUCUAGUCUAAAUCAGUGUGAGAGCAGGUGCAGAACGUGGCUUCCCUCCUUCUAGGAGCAGGGUGGAGCAAUGAGGGCUGCCCAAAUCUACUCCCGUUGCCAGUGGCAGACUCAGUGACUCAGAAUUCCUUCCCCCAGAGGAUGGGGUCAGAGGACAGAGUGGAGUGGACAGAAGCUUGUCUACAAAUUCGCUUUGGAAACCAUGUGAACGUCACUCCCUUAUCCUUGUCCUGUCCUGGGGAUUUGGACCUGUUGGUUCAAGUCCUGCUUUGCUGACCCAGUUCUAAAGCUUUUUGCCUCCUGGAAGGUAUGACAGUAAGGGCCCAGUGGCCAAGCGAGAGAAGCCAGAUAUACCUCAUGUGAAUCUCCAUAGCCAGAGCCACCUGCUGUAUCUCUGUGCAGUAUUGCAUAUGCACCCAGGUUGCCCAUGGUGAGAACUCCUUAAAUUCUGCAUCUUUCAUUCCGUGCUGUGCACCAUGUUCACUUUUUGCAAACAGAAGCUCCAUUGUGGAAAUUUCUCUGCUGCACACCUCAGAUGGCUGCAGGUUUCAAAGACAGGCUGACACCUGCACUGCUGGCAGAGUCCUUUAGGGUUACACUCAAAGACGAACCAAGGCCCCGGAGUGCUUUGAUGCUGCUCUGCUUCCAUCCCAGCUCUUCGUCCUGGGGCAGGGAGAAGCCGCUGGGGUUUCCUCAGGCCGGAGCCAUGGCUCCCUUCAGUACUGGAAUGUCCGAUAGGAGAGCAGGGUGAGAGUGUUUUGGUUACGCAAGCGGUGGGGGGCAUCUGGCUGCCCAUUGCCGCAGAGCUUUCGGUGCUGAUUCUGAAAGCUGGAGAUGCCUGAAACUGGCAUGGAGUGGUGAUUUGUUUUCAGUGGUGGCGGGGACAGAACAGAAGGCAGAGGGCUAUGCAGGGCACAGGGAGCGCGUAGCCCUGUUCUCUGGAGACAGCUUGUCUAAAACUUAGGCUGGCAGAAAACGUCUUCAAGUGGCCUCCUGAAAUCCCUUUAAAAGCCAAAUUUCACUGCCAAGAUUGAUCAGCUGGGGACAAAUGCCUAGAGAAAAUGAGACCUCAUCCAAACCAGUUCUUCUGCCAAUCUAGAUGUUCAGCGCAAGCCUGCUGGCGUACGCUCCAGUGCUCCGAUGGGUAAUCAGCUCGGGGUUAUCUGCAUUGUUCAGCCCUGAGAACGCAUAAAAUCAGCUUGGGGUUUGGGUGGCCUUGCAUCUGUCUUCUCUGUGAAGUGACUGACCCGAAGGGCCAGGCCUUCAGAAUGGCGAGUGCAUUUUUGUGUACACACACACACGCAUGCACAGUGAUAACUAUGCACAUAUACUUUGUGUACAGAAUUGCACACGUGUUUCUGAAUCUGGCUGCAAAGGUUUUGUUUACCUUGACGAUUACUUGAACAAACAAUGUUUCUUCUUUUACGUUCCCUCCCCCCAAUCCCGCUGCCAUCUCCUCCACACACAUUGGGUGAGGGAGUAUUUAUUUUAAUAGUUUCAUUUUGUGAUGGUUUAAAGCUAGUUAUCUGGCGGGGUCCAAUCAUCUGGGGCUGAUCACAUUGACACACCUCCCGGUGUUUUUUGCCUUUUGGGUCAGACUGUCAAACAGCUUUAUUUAGACUUUACCAGACGUGGCCGGCUACCUUGGUCCUGUGCCCCCCCCAUUUGUUAUGGGGGGCAGGGGAGGCAGAGGGAUGUUGCUGCAUGUGUUGAUGUUGCCACAUGCUCAUUCUUUCACAACCUGUAUCCAGCAUGUCUGGACUGUCACAAAUCAAUAUCCCUUUGAGACAAGAGCUUGUUGCAGGAUAAAAGUGGGCUACUGAUUUUGGUAGCCAGUGCGGGAGCCUGGAGUGAAGGAGCCUUGGGUUUGAUAAUGUAAUAUAAAGUAUUUGGGGAGAAAUGGACAAAAUCCAGUCAAAAUGGCAACUGUAAUUGGAACUAGGAUCUAAGGCUCUUGUGCAAUGUAUUUGUGAAUGUGUGUACAUGUCUGUUAGACUAUCCAAAGCUCUGCCGAGAAAUCAGUGUAGGGUUAUAUUUGAAAGAGAAAUCUAUAUAUUUUUUAAAUACAGAACUUAAAAGCUGUAACCACUUUUUGUUCCCAGGGGCCUGUAAUCUUUGUCUGUUGGUGGAUGUAAUAAAUGGCAUUGGG